CAUGAAAUUGACGUCAGAAUCGUUAUCCAAUCAAAUGCUCCGUUGCAAAAAUCGAAAAGGUCAAAUUUGUUGUACUUGUUAAUAUAUAACUCGUGAAGUGCAUGAAUGAAAACAUAACAUAGGACUUAGCGAAAUGUACCUGAGCACGCUUUUAACAUUGUCCGUGGUGAUCGGAGUCUGCCAGGCUCUGUCAUCCACUAGUUACAUCCCAAAUGCACGCAGCUGUGAAGUGACAUUUGGAAAAGUACUGAAGCCACACAACUGGGUAUGCAAAGACAGCCAGUUCCAAACAUAUCCAAAAACAAACGUGGACAAUCUUUUAAUGACUGAUAGAUAUAAUGAUACCUACGAUUACCUAAUGGUCACUCAAGGUUGCCAGAAAUACAACGAUCGUGAUCAAGUGUAUGGGCAGAACCAAUAUUACACCUACGAAUCCAUAUGUCAGAUGAUCCGGAAACCAAUCCGUGUUAUUUGGGCACAAGUACCACAUUACACCGUGCCCCAACAUCUCAUGAAUCUAAAUGGUGGUCUGCUACCGUGUCACGUGCUUGAAGGUCAAAACCUUUUUGACGUUGAAUGUGUACAUCCAUGGGCUGUAAGUAUACCUAAACAUUACCCAAGAAGAAUGCAAAGGCGUUUGAAGCGUAUCAGGUUUGAUGGAGUGAAGCGAAAUCUUUGCCUUGUCGGGUACUCCUACAACUAUAAUAUGAUCUGUAAACCGACGGGAUAUAUGACCAGAGAGGUGCUCGUAUACAGUGAGCAUGCCGACAUGAUCUUUACUGCAGUUAUUGAUGACGUACCCACUUCUUGCGCAUGCGCGUAUUGCAAAUGUAAUGACAAAUUAUCACAAACACCGGCAAUUGUAUAAACUAUUGCUUAUUUUAUUUUUGUUAUAAGAAAAAGAAUCAAAUAUUUAAAAAAAAAACAAAAAAACAAUUGAAAAUCAUUGACAUCAAAUGACGCCAUUGUCUAAAAAUAAAAUAUUUAUUUUUUAAACAAACAUUAAAAACUGGAAUACAUAAUUCGAAAUUAGUGACUUCUAAAGUUGUUAAUAAUGUAAGAUUGCUGUAAAUAUUGUAAAUAAUUCUUUCGAUGUAUUGCACUUAAAAUUUAUGUUCUCUGUUUUGUUGUGAUAUCGGGACAGUGCAAUUUUUGAUGCUUGUUUUUUUUAUUAUUAUUGUUUCCAUUUAAUUGUGUAUGUUUGUACGUAUACUUGGGUUGAGUUGUGUGUCUGUCAUUUUUAAACAGCAGUUGAUUUUUUUAUCUAAAUACAAUAAAAGUAUAAAAUUACAUAAAAGAUUGUGACGAAUUAUCAAAGAUUUAUGUUUUAUCAUUUUUUGACAAUAUUCACUGAAAUUCAUUUAUCCUAUGUUCAAAGAAAAUCGAAAAUGAUGGAAUGUCCCGAGAACUGCAUUUGAAAUUCAUAUACAAAUGUAAAAAAGUACACUAUCUGAUAUCUUAUGUGUCAUAAAUCUUUAUUAUUAUGUUUGAAUAAGAAGAAUGCUUUGCGUGUAAAUUAUGGAUCUGUGUUAUGUAAUAUGCUAAAAACAUUUUAUGAAUGUGAAAUAAAAAGUGAACAACAUAGAA